AUGGCUCUCAUUGACCUCGAGAAGGCGUAUGACCGUGUACCGAGGUCAGAGGGAUCUACUCUCUUUCCGUAUAUAUUCGACCUUAUAAUGGAUGUCUUAAGCGAAGGAGUUCGAGAGGAGGCACCCUGGACAGUGUUAUUUGCAGAUGACAUUGACAUUGUCUUGGUGUGUAAUACUGAAGAAUCAUUGAGAGACAAACUAUCGCAAUGGAAGAGGGCUUUGGAGGACCGAGGCUUGAAGAUAAGCAGGACAAAGUCUGAGUACCUCUCAUUUAAUGAUUUUGAGGAGGAAAAUGGGGUGGAAAUGGAUGACGAGGUUAUUAAGAGGCUACCAGCUUUUAUAUAUCUAGGCUCACAUGUGACAGAGGACGGUGAACUGGAUGUAGCAGUAAAGCAACGCAUUCAGUCAGGGUGGCAGGCUUGGAGAAGGUUUUCAGGAGUACUCUGCGACAAGAAGAUCAGCACAAGACUCAAAGGGAAGGUUUACAAAACAGCUGUGAGACCUGCUCUCCUUUAUGGGAGCGAGACAUGGCCAAUUAAGAGGGUGCAUGAAAAGAAGAAGAAGAGGGAGACCCAAGUUAAGUUGGAGAGACAGGCUGAAAGAAGACCUGGAAGACAAGGGACUCAGAAGGGAAGAUGCGAUGGACAAAGCAAGGUGGAAGAGACUAGCGAGGAACUGUGA